UGAUAAUUCAUCAACAAAAACAAAGCAAAAAAAAACACAAGUGGAAGCUUUAAAACAAAGAUAGAAAAAUGGCGACGUCGGGAACAUACGUGACGGAGGUUCCGUUGAAAGGAGCAGCGGAGAAACACUACAAGAAGUGGAAGAGCGAGAACCAUAUCUUCCCUGACGCCAUCGGCCACCACAUCAAAAAUGUCACCGUCCACGAGGGAGAAUCUGACUCUCACGGAUCCAUCAGGAGUUGGAACUACACAUGGGAUGGAAAGGAAGAGGUAUUCAAGGAGAAGAGAGAGGUAGACGAUGAGAACUUAACAUUGGUUUUAAGAGGACUUGAGGGUCACGUGAUGGAGCAGCUCAAGGUGUUUGAUGUCAUCUACCAAUUUAUCCCCAAAACUGAGGAUACCAGCUCCUGCAAAAUCACUAUAAUAUGGGAGAAGCGCAAAGAUGAGUACCCUGAACCAAGCACCUACAUGAAAUUCAACAAGAGCGUGAUCGUUGACAUGGGCCACCACGCCAGCAAAGCUUAAUCGUCAUCACCAUCGAUCAUCAUCACCAUCCUCAUCACAAUCAUGCACCAUCAUCACUAUAUAUCUCUAUUUACUUAUUAAACAGGUUUCAAAAUAAUAAUCAAUAAAUGGGGGUCUUGUACGUGGCGUUUCAAUUAUAAGUAAUUGGUUGGCUUUUGUAAUAGAGCAUAUGCAAUGGCGGACUCCUUCUUGGAGUCCUUACCAUUAUUUUAGUAUAUUUUUUUUUUGAAUAGUCAAGAACUCUAGUAAAAAUGGUGUGUCCAAUGGUGAUCUCCGAUUAGGAGUCUUUAAGAAUAAAAAAAUAUUUUUUUUUAAAGUGAAA